UCCUCCUUCGCACACAGUAUUAGCAUUUUCCCCCAAAUCUCUCCACCUCACCAAAACACUCCGAAUGGGAAGAAAAUAUGGCAUGAGGGAGGCGGCGGCUGACGACCACCGUUCACCGUCUUCUACCGAGCACGAGCCCCGGCUGAACAUGGACUUAAGGAUACGCGGCGGCGCGUGUGGACAGCAGAGACAACGGAGCACAAAGCGGAUGGGAGACAACGCUCGUGUCCUCGCUUUGUAGCGCUUCUGCAACGCGACUCAUUGUCAGCCCUUAAUACAGACGCGCGCAAAGGACACACGGUGGACGCCGAUUCAAGACUGUGUAUAGAGAAAAAUAAGCGGGCCGGUGGUCCUACACAUCGGUGCAUCACAUCAUCUCCGGUUGAAUAAAAAGACGAGAAAAUGAGUGAACAGAGUAUCUGCCAGGCUCGGGCCUCGGUGAUGGUAUACGACGAUGCCAGUAAGAAGUGGGUGCCCAUCAAGCCUGGGCAGCAGGGCUUCAGCCGCAUCAAUAUCUACCACAACACUGCCAACAACACCUUCAGAGUGGUGGGCGUCAAACUGCAGGACCAGCAGGUGGUGAUCAACUACUCCAUAGUGAAGGGUCUGAAAUACAAUCAGGCCACCCCGACCUUCCAUCAGUGGCGUGACGCCCGCCAGGUCUAUGGGCUGAACUUUGCCAGUAAGGAGGAGGCCACCACCUUCUCUAACGCCAUGCUGUUUGCCCUCAAUGUCCUCAGCUCACCUGACAGUGCAGUCCCACCCACCCAGACACUCCUCCUGAGUACAGACAGUACAGGGCUAGCACACUGCCACCCUCCUACGUCCGCGUGGCCUCCUCCUCUACUCCCUCCUCCACCUCCUCUUCUCCCUCUCAGGAGAAGGAGGCGGUGGCUGCUAGGGACACAGCCCAGCUCUCCUCCCAGCUCUCCACCUCGCUUGCCUCAGCCUUUUCCCCAGUCCAGGCAGGAGUGACCACCAUGGGCCGACAGGUCCGUCAGAUCCCCCUGUCUCCUCCCACUGCAGCCCGCCACCUACACCUUCAACAACAGCUGCAGCAACAAGACAUCAUGCUACCCCCUAAACACGGCACAUGGUCCGCCUCCCAUUUGCAGCAAAUGUACGCCCAGUUGCCCCCUUCCUCCUCCCCUCCAGUUAUGAUGGCCAUGCCUGUGAGGCAGGGUAUGCCCCCACAGCCCGUCCUUCCUAUGGCGCACCCCCUCCCACCCCUGAGCUCUAGGAUGAAGCCCCCACCUCUUGACCCAAGCGGCAUGACGGGGCCUCACCAGUACCCCCAGCACCAGCCCCACCCUCACUCCAACGGCCAGCCAGAAGACUCCUACUCCCCUCAUUCUCAGCAUUUGCCACUCACCCCGCAGUACUGCGAGGCCGUCCCCCUACCUCCUCUGAUAGGUCAGACAGCCCCAGGCCCCGCCCCCAGCCACCAGCCCCAGUACGCAUCCACCUUCCACCCUCAGCAGCAACAUCAUCCACAACAACAACAGCAGCAGGUGUACUACCAGCAGGCCCAGCCCCCUACCACCACUUCCUCCUCCUCCUCCUCGCCCCCCUCUUACACUGCCAUGUCUGACGGGGGCUCGCCCAAGAAGAUCCCCUCCCCCGUCCCCCAGCAGGCCCCCAUGGCCAGCAGCAGCCCCCCUGUCUCUGCAGGUCACCCAGCUAUGCUUUCUGUGGCGCCUCCUCCAGCUGCAGUUCCAGCACCUAUGGCUGGUCCUCCAGCCCCACCACCACCACCAGGUCCACCACCCCCAAUGGCAGUGCCCCCACCCAUGCCCCCUCCACUGCCCACUGGUGGAGGGCCUCCUGGGGGGCCGCCUGGGGUCCAGCACCAACCGUCAGGACUGGCUGCAGCACUGGCUGGAGCCAAACUACGUAAAGUACAUCGGGACGAUUCUAGUGGUCGAGGGCCAGGUCAGCAGAACUCAACAGAUGCUGUGAAGAAGCCAUGGGAACGCUCAAACUCUGCAGACAAGUCCUCACUGGUGUCCAGAGUGAGACCCAUCGGCAGCACUAGUGAAGCAGACACAGAAUUUGACAGGAUGAAACAGACUCAGUCAGCCCAGUGUUGCAACUCUUUGUUCUUUGUUCAGUCCAAGUCUUAA